GAUUCUUCUCACAGUCAUCUCUCAUUGUCUGUCCACACCACACACUAUGGCAUCUUUUGGAAACCACCUCUCUUUCUUCUUGCUCUUGGUGCUUUUUCUCUCCCCCCAAAUUCAAGCCAGAGAGGGCAAAUUCUUCAGCUUCUUCACCCAUUUCAGAACCAACAAUGUCAAAGAUGCUCAACUUUUGCUAGCCAAAGCUGAAUCUCCAGCACAAGCACCAGGACCAGCAUCAGCAUUAGCACCAGCACCGGCACCAUCAGCACAAGCAAUUGGAUCAACAAUACCAUCUGGGCCGGCCCCGGAACCUGAAUUUCUUGACAUGGGAGAGGGUUAUGGCCUAUAUGGCACAGAUUCUUCUAGUUCUGCUCAAUAUUCUCCCACCAAGGAAACUUCCACCACUACAAACUUUGAAAAUGAGCUUCUCAAUGAGGACUUCAAAGACCAGAGCUACAAAACAGGAUAUCCCCAGACCAAUUUCCGCAGCAACUACAACAAUGAAGUGUACACAAAAAACUACAACACUGAAGGGUACAGGAGCAAUGACAACAAUGGCAAGGAACUUUACUACAACAACAAUAACAACAAUUAUGGCAAUAAUAAUGGCUAUGAGAGGAAGAGGGAAGGAAUGAGUGACACAAGGUUCAUGGAGAAUGGCAAGUACCAUUACAAUGUAGAUACUGAAAAUGAGAGCUAUAACCUUAAUGGAUAUGACGAAUCAGGGAGAGGAAGGACUGAAAAUGAAGGUUAUGAUGAAAAAAUGCAGAAUCCUAAUGAGUUUGACACCAUGGAGGAGUAUGAGAAGCAGCAAGAAGCUCAAGGGUACACACCAUGAGUGUUUUUCUUUUCUUUUUUGUUUUAAACCAUUAGAGUGAGAGUUUGAGUGAAACAAUGCACACACAGUGAAAGGAAAAUACUAAGUUAUGAGAUAAUUGUGAUGCUUUUAUUCUAUAGUUUUAUCUGAGAUCUUGCACAGUUUCGGAAAGUAUAUGUAGUUUUAUCAUUUGUGCAGUGUGAAGUGAGGUCCUAUCCUGCCAUUGGUAUUUUUACAAUUGGAAACUAUAUAACAUUUUGUGAUCA